CGCUCGCCGCAGUUGGCCGGCGUGGCUCGUAACGGAAGGGGGCUUGUUUACGUCGUUCGUUCGCUCGCAGUUCCGCACGUUGAACUUUGAUUUACAUCCUCGUGUGUCUCCUAAUCGUGAUCAGUUACGUGAAAGUGUACCGUGCUUCGUUAAAGCGCGUCUCGCAAGAGUCCGAAUAGUUUGACACGUCGCGCGACGCGGUCGUCGCCUAUCAUCACACAUCACACCCGCACACUUACUUUGCAGAGGAUUGUGACAAGGCGCGCAGGAGCUAUGACAAGAAAUCGAUGACCUGUACGCGUGAACGUUCCUAUGACAUUUCGCUCAAUAUCUUUUUUGAUACGACGACCCAAAAUCUGACGGAUGAAUCAUGUCGUUCUCGUCGAGGCCCAGACGACCUAGCGUAUCGAUCUACGAUUAUCCAGAACAUUUGAAUCCGUUCAACGAUGACACGAUGACAAAUUCUCAGCCACAAGUGCCGCGCGAGAGUAAAUCGUCGAAAGAAUCGUCCAAACACAAGUUCUGGACGUUUGGCAGAACUCGAAAGAAAAGAUCCAACAACUUCUCGAUCAAAUCGACUUGGAAUGGAUUGUUUGGAAAGCGCAAAGAAACUCCAGAAUCGAUGGAAAAUAGGUCGACGAUUACAACAGUCUCGACUACGUACAAAAGAGAGCCUUACGACAGACCAACAGCACCUCCACGACUGUCUAAGGAUCAACAGGAAUUUGAUGAAGCCUUGGGCACUUUGACAAGGAGAAGGAAAUAUACUUUUGAUAACAAUACCUCGAGGUAUAGCCCGAAUUUAACAGAAAACGGCGAUCCUGCUAAGAUCUCCGAUGGUAAUCCUCAAAAUACCACAACGUCUAUCAUGAACGUCGAUCUCACUCCGAAACCGCCAGCUAGAAGAUUUGGGCAAGUGAGCCCAAGACCGACGGACAAAAUACCACCUUUGGAUUUCGAAGACAAGCAAUCCAAGCAAAAUGGUAGUAUUACGUGUCACGAUAAACCGGAAAAAAUCCCGAUUCCACCAAUGCGAAGAUUUGGCAAUAGAUCAUCGCAAAGAUUGAAUGGAACCACGUCGGAUAUGGAGGAAGAUUCGAUCAAUCGAUCCGGUAACGUUAGCCUGAGGGACGAGAACGAAAAUGUGCCCGAGGAUUACGUUUUCAAGAGAUUCAACCAGGACGCUGUGAGAAGAUCGAAUUUGUCCAUCAAUAGCUGUACAUCUGUUACCAGUACAACAAGUAUACAUGGACGCAAAAAACGGAGAGCACCACAACCACCGAAACAGAAGGAACACGUGGAUACUCCUCUGGAAGGCACGUAUCCAUCUACAGUGGAAGUAAAUAAAAUGACGGAACCUGUAUCAGACGCGAUUAAACUUAAACUCCAAAUAACCGAGCCGAUCGACAUCGUCAGGGUUACAGAAAAUAUCGUCGAGAUGAAAAAGACUUGCAAAGAAUUGAACGAGGUAUCGCCGCGUAAAGAAGAGCAAACCGAUUUGUAUCCGAAAAUUAUCCAAGACAUGUCGUCUGACGACAUCACGAAGAAUACCGAGAAGACGAAAACGUGUGACACGUCUAAAGACUACAAGUCUGAGGGAAAAGAAAAAAAAGAUUUUUCAGAGGAAAAAAUAGCACUCAAGUCUGAUGAAACAUCGGAGAACGCCGACGCCGAAACAAAAGUAAAUGAAAAAUUAAUCAAGGAGCACGCAAAUAUCAUUGUUAAAGAUUCCGUGAUCGAAAAAGAUCCCGUGGAUAUAGAAUAUACAAGAGCAUCUCAGGAAAAGAUCGAAAUCAUUAAGGACAUCGAUGAAGAAUCUGGUGAGGUUUGUCUGAGAAAAAAAGGUUCGUCCAGUACGUUAUCGCGAAGUGACAGUUUUUCCGUGAAGGAGGAAAUUGAAAAAAUUGAGAUGCAAAUCAAGGCAUUGGAAAGUAAAAACGCGUCUAAAGAACAAGAAGAUAUCGAUGAUAUGUAUCAAGAUGAUUCGAUAACAAGCACCAGAUUAUCUAUCCAGGCGAAUCGCCGACACUUUUUCGAAAAUAUGGUGGAUGGGCCAUCUGGUCCAAUUAAGUUGGAAUUCAAGAAACUGCCACGUGAACAGAAGGAUAUUCAUGUGGUUAGAUUAACGGAUCCGCCAAUACCGGUCGCGGCGUCGCGUGACCCGGUGAAAGUGAUUGAAUUACACAUUUCUGAACCGAUCAGGCAUAAACCUGAGCUCUUGGAUGAGGUAAAUCCCAUACCGAAACCCAGGAGACACAGUGCGCUUAGUUUAAGAGACACAUCUGAAUCUAGAUUAAAGGACGAAAGUAAGAACUUGAAAGACGAUGAUAAGAGAGGAAAGUCCUUCUGAAAUCUUAAACCUUCGUCCACAUUUUUAGACUUGACAAUGAAAUUCUAUCGUUUCCGUGAUUUCUACAUGCAUUGAAAGAUAAUCGUAUUUAGCUGUAAUUUCUAGAAUCUAUGUAUUAAAUGAACUAUUAUUCAAAGACUGUGCAAAGUACAUUCUAUAUGCUUCUUUCUUUUCUUAUUAGAUUGCACGUGAUUUCGUACUAACGCGUCAAAUAUAUAUAUAAUAUAUAAAUUUUUUCAAGAAAAAAAUUUGCUACAGAAAAAAUUCUAGCAUUUCUAUACAUGUUACAUAAUUAUACAGUGAUGUUUAUAUCUUGUCUUCAUUUCUGAUGUUUUACUGCAAUACUUGGCUAUUAUUUUCAUUAUUUAUUGAUAUGAAAUGAACCAUAAACUGUGUAUAAGCAAUGACUUGUGAUAAAUUACAUAAUCCUACUCCAAAUCUAUUAAAAACUCAAGUAAAAUAGCUCAAAACAAAUACAAAUUAUAAAAGUGCAGAGAUAGAAAAUAGAAAAAGUGACAAGAGUAUACUUUUGUUUUUCAAAAAUUUACAAGUCAUUUAUUGUAAAAAUAACUUCGUUCAUGAUCUCUGUAAUUCGAAGAAAUCGAAUAAAAACAAGUGUUUAACAAU